AAAAAGAAGAGAACCGGGUCAUUAUUCGGAUCCCCCCUCUCACCCUCACCUCCAUAAUAAAACACUUCUUGGACAUAGUUGUAUGCGUAACGACGCGUGCCUCUAGUGGCACCGUGGAAGGAAGGAGGCUCGUCAGACGCACGCAGAUGCUCGGGCUUUUCUGCACACUGCAUGUCUUUCCAUCCAGCACAAACUAGAUUUUUUUUUUUUUUUUUUAAAUGAACACUGUGUAACAAAGAGCCCUUUUUUUUUUCCAUAACAGAUUUCUUCGAUAACCAAGCCUCGUGCCAGGUGCGCAACUGGAGAGGAGAGGAGCGUCGCGUCUUUUUUUUUCCACCUUCCACAAAGUCCCUCUGUGUUAUAAGAACAGUUUUACAGGACUGGAACGACGGACUGGGAGUGAUUAAACUGCUUUUUGAACGUGUUGGAGUGCUGUUCACAUACUGCUCAGCACUCAUCGUGUGACGCCUUUUCUCUGUUUUCUCUUUCGGAGGCGACAGAAUCGUUUUCGAGGCGACCCAAAGUUCCGCAGGCGCAGUUUCUCCUCCUCCGUGCUCGGCUGUUUCCGUGCUACUUUGCCAGUAGACAGAUAGAUAGCAUCGGCGGUAGGAGGAUACAGACAGAGAGACUCCUGCAGGGUAAUUGUAGCAGGUGUAUCAGUGAUCUGCCUGUGUUGAGAGGGCUGUGGGGCUUCAUCUUCAUCCUGAUCGAGCUGCUCUCAGACUUGUGAGUAAAAAAAAAAAAAAAACCCUGAAGAAUGUUGCACCAAGUACAAUGAGCGCACAUUUUUUGUCGCAGACACCCAAAAUCCAUAUAUAUGCUCCGUCGAAUUCAGUUCUGAUGAGCAAUUCUUUGGGAUUUUGAAAAAAAAAAAAGUGGAUCCCUCGACUUUACAACAACCAUGAUAAGAAACACUUGGCUGUCUCCACGAUGGAGUGCGAUUUGGGAAUACUGGACACUGCUGAUCGCAUGUCUCUCUGUUUGGAUUCACUACUCUAACGGGAUGCCUCAUGUUAUUCGAAUAGGUGGGAUUUUCGAACAAACAGAUGGACCCGUUUCACUCGUUAGCGCGGAGGAGCUUGCCUUUAAAUUUGCUGUCAAUAACAUUAACAGAAACAGGACUUUGUUGCCAAACACAACAUUAACAUAUGACAUACAGAGGAUUAAUAUCUACGACAGUUUUGAGGCGUCAAGGAAAGCUUGUGACCAGCUGUCUUUAGGUGUGGUUGCAAUAUUUGGGCCCUCACAUAGUUCGUCGUCAAAUGCUGUGCAGUCCAUCUGCAAUGCAUUGGAAGUGCCGCACGUCCAGGUGCGGUGGAAACAUCACCCCUUGGACAACAGGGACAGCUUUUACGCCAAUUUAUACCCGGAUUAUUCUUCACUAAGCUAUGCUAUCCUGGACCUGGUGCAGUAUCUCAAAUGGAAAACAGCCACUGUCGUAUACGAUGACAGCACAGGUCUUAUUAGAUUACAGGAGCUGAUAAUGGCCCCGUCCAGGUACAACAUCAGGCUAAAGAUUCGCCAGCUUCCUCUCGACUCACAGGACACGAGACCCCUUCUCAAAGAAAUGAAGAGAAGCCGAGAGUUUCGCAUCAUCUUCGACUGCAGUCACCAAAUGGCUGCACAGGUUCUCAAACAGGCCCAGACCAUGGGGAUGAUGACAGAGUAUUACCACUAUAUCUUCACCACUCUGGACCUGAUGGCCAUUGACCUGGAGCCGUAUCGCUUCUGCGGCGUCAACAUGACCGGCUUCCGCAUCCUGAAUGUGGAUAAUCCCCAGGUCGCAUCCAUCGUGGAGAAAUGGUCGAUGGAAAGGCAGAUUCCACUGAAACCUGACUCGGGCCUGCUGGAGGGCAUCAUGACGACAGAUGCGGCUCUGACCUAUGAUGCAGUCCACAUUGUGUCCGUCUCAUACCAGCACGCUCCGCAGAUGACGGUAAACUCGCUGCAGUGCCACCGCCACAAACCCUGGAGAUUCGGAGGACGCUUCAUGAGUUUCAUCAAAGAGUCCCACUGGGAUGGUUUGACGGGGAGACUGUCAUUCAACAAGUCAAGUGGCCUACGUACAGACUUCGACCUGGACAUCAUUAGCCUGAAGGAGGACGGGCUUGAAAAGGUGGGGAAGUGGAGUGCGUCGGGAGGUCUUAACAUCACAGAAGUGCCGAAGCGAAAAGGGAUGAACAUCACUGAUUCCCUAUCUAACCGCUCCCUCGUCAUCACCACCAUCCUGGAGGAGCCAUACGUCAUGCUUAAGAAGUCUGACAAGGCGCUGGUUGGGAACGACCGGUUCGAAGGAUUCUGCAUCGACUUGCUGAAAGAGCUUUCCAGCGUCCUGGGCUUCACGUACGAGAUCCGUCUGGUGCCUGAUGGGAGAUACGGCUCACAGGACGACAAGGGCCAGUGGAACGGCAUGAUAAGGGAACUUAUAGAGCAUAGAGCAGACUUGGCAGUGGCUCCUCUCACCAUCACCUACAUGCGUGAAAAGGUCAUCGACUUCUCCAAGCCCUUCAUGAGCAUGGGCAUCAGCAUCGUGUACCGCAAACCCAACACCACCAACAACGGCUUCUUCUCCUUCCUGAACCCCAUGACUCCUGACAUCUGGGUCUACAUCCUCUUGGCCUACCUCGGUGUUAGCUGUGUUCUUUUUGUCAUUGCCAGGUUCAGCCCAUAUGAAUGGUACGACGCCCAUCCUUGUAACCCCGGAUCAGAUGUGGUGGAGAACAACUUCACCCUCCUCAACAGCUUCUGGUUUGGAGUCGGUUCCUUAAUGCAACAAGGCUCAGAACUGAUGCCCAAAGCCCUGUCGACGAGGAUCAUCGGUGGGAUCUGGUGGUUCUUCACGCUCAUCAUCAUUUCAUCCUACACAGCUAAUUUAGCCGCUUUCCUCACCGUGGAGAGAAUGGACUCGCCUGUGGACUCAGCCGAUGACAUCGCUAAGCAGACCAAGAUUGAAUACGGUGUGGUCAAAGAUGGCGCAACCAUGACUUUCUUCAAGAAAUCUAAGGUUUCUACUUUUGAGAAGAUGUGGGCCUUUAUGAGCAGCAAGCCGAGCACAUCGCUGGUGAAGUCUAUCGAGGAUGGGAUUCAGAGGGUGUUGAAGUCAGACUAUGCCCUCAUUAUGGAGUCCACAACUAUCGAUUACAUUACUAGGAGGAACUGUAACCUGACACAGGUGGGAGGAAUCAUCGACAGCAAAGGAUAUGGCAUCGGCACUCCCCUCGGCUCCCCAUACAGGGACAAAAUCACCAUAGCAAUUCUAAGCAUCUUGGAGGAUGGGCGCCUACACAUGCUGAAGGAGAAGUGGUGGAGUGGGAGCAGCUGCUUGGAUGAAGAGCGUCACGAGACAGGCCCCAUGGGUAUCCAGAACCUGGGUGGUAUAUUCAUUGUGCUGGCGUCUGGCCUAGUGCUGUCGGUUUUUGUGGCGAUUGCUGAAUUCGUCUACAAGCUAAGGAAGACUGCAGAACGCGAGCAGGUCUUUGUGCAAUGCCAUGGUGGACGAGAUCAAACUGUCGUUCACCUGCGAGAGACGGGUGAAGCACAAGUCUCAGCCUCCAGUCAUGGGGAAGAUGGAUGCAGUGAUCAACAUGCACGCCUACAACGACCGACGACUCCCGGGAAAGGACAACAUGAGCUGCAGCACUGGGAUGACUCCCGUCUUCCCAUGACAUUGUGUUCCCCCCAGGGCAAGAACCUCCUGAGCAACGUCUCGGGGGCGAUGCCAGAGACUAGAGACAAUGGCAUAGACGGGAUCACCAGAUUCACCAUUAACCACAGUGACAUGGGGACACUAACAAAACAUGGGCAUCUCAAAAUGGCAGCAUCAGCCACACAGGUAUGACAAAGUUCACCACUGUAUUCCAAACCACAAGAGGUCAAAAUAAUAUUUGGGGGAGGAUCUGGGAAAACAGUACACCCAAAUAAUCAGUUUCAAGUCUGAUGUUUACGUGCGCAACACAAAAAACACAAGAAAAUACACAUCGUUGAAGGAAUCUUCAAUCAGUGAAAGGACUGAGAAUUGUAUUGGAAAAUAUGGACCGAAGCAAGAAGAAAGGCUUUGUUAAGAAUGGCAAUAAAUGACAGAUAUACACGGAGGACGAGGAAGAGGCGUUUCCAUUAGAGUUCAGUUUUGCCACACGUUAAAAUUAUGAUAUUGAGUUCUCACCUUAUCCUGUUAAUUUACAUAAAGGUCUUUGACGGCAGAAAAUGAUGUUACCUCAAACAUGUUGUCUAGACUCCAAUGGUUAUCUUUGAGUCAUAAGCUGCGGGAUAUGAGACAGGAUCUUUUGAAAGCAUGGUUCACAGGUACACAUAUGAUAACCUGUAAGAACACUCAUUUAGUAUCUGCAGUACUCUUGUUGGUGGAAACCCAUAGAGAGACACAACUGUUCAGCAGUAAAUAUGUUUGUUGAAGUUGUCAUGUGAAAUUAACCAUAUUGUUACACACAAACAAUUAAUCACUGAUGCAGAGAAUGAUUUGAGCAGAAGUACAUUUUAAUGUCAAAAGGAUUUUCUAAAUGAUUUAAUUUUAAUCAGUUAAAAUAUUGAUUGCCAAAGAUCUGACCAUUCAACAGAACUAGAUACAGAACAGUAGGGGCCAAUUCCUGCUCACUUAGCUUUUUCGAGAGCACUAAUCUUGCGUUCAAUACAAAGUAAAUUGGAGUGGUUUAAAUGGGACUAUUAAGGGAUCUUGCUAUAACGGUUUUCCCAACCAUGCAGGGUAAUAUGUAUCCAAACUAAAUUGUAAUUGGCACUGUAUUUGCUGGUUUUGCAACCACGCCAUUUUCUAUUGUUAUCAACACUGUAAUGUAAAACAAUCAUCGCUUAAAAAGCAUGAGAAAAAAAACAUGGAUUUCCUGAUACAACGUCUUUCUUAAAACACAACCUGGGUACUGUGUAAUUUCCAAAAGUAUAACCACAGAAAUAUUAAGCAAGUAUAUGAACCAAUUUCAAAAGUUUGUGGCCACCUUUGAUGCGAUAGUAGUAUGUCUGUGCAUAUAUGUAAAUAUGUUUUUGUAUAUACACAUAUAUGUACAGACUGGGUUGGAAGGCAUUGGAUCAGGGAUUUUUGUUUAUAUCUUUGUUUAAUAAAGAAUUGUAAGUCACAGAGACAAAAGGUAAGAGACUGUGACCUAAAAAGUAAAGUGCAUUUUUUUGAGUGCAUUUAAUUGUGACAUAUCCAUCAAACUAUGUGCUGGACUUGUGUGUCUACAGGACCAUUGAAUGUCCAAAGUACUUCUGUACACUUUUUAGAACAGUUACUUCAUUUUUCAUGUGUGAUCUAGAAGCUUUAUGGCAGAAAAUUGGUUGUUUUACAUUAUGAGCGUUUAUGAAAACUGAGCAAGUGUUUGGUUUUUAAAUGUGAACAGAUUUUGAAGGUUAACUCAGACUUGAAAGUCACAAGGUUUUUUUUGUUUGAUUACCUGGUGUGGACAGAGUAAAUCCAUAUGUGUAGUGUGUGAACAUGCUGAAAGAUAAUGUGGUGAAUAGACAAAAGACAAAUGAUGAUUUUGUGUGGUCAUGUUGACUUUAAUGCCUAUUAGGUAUGUGUAUAUCUUCAGCAAACGAACAGCAAACCUCUGUGAGGUUUACGUUGUCGAUACGUCGAGACAAAAAAAUCGUUACUAUCUAUGAUUCAAGGAAACUCCAAUCUGUAAAACUUAGCAUUGGUUUGGUAGAGAUUCACUGUAUAAUUGUCUAUCAAUUCCCUUCUGCAAAGUAGAGUAUGUAGAUAAGAUCAGCAGGAGAAAAUGUAUUUUGCUAAAUUUAUACUGUUAUAAAUGAUUUCUGUUCACAGUCAAAUAUGUUAUAGAUGCUAUUUAUUUCGUUAGAGAGGUCACUUUAACCUACUUCCUCACUUUACCCCAGUUGCACAGCCCCAAACCUUGUUUAUUUAUUUAAUGGAAAUGCAUUAUAUUAUGGUAUAUUGGAUUACUAUCAUCAAGAUGGGAAACUGUAUGUAAAUCUUCAUUUAUGAUGGCUGAUAUAUUUCUAUAAGGUGAACAUGAAAUGGAAAUGUUGAGCUUCCCUAAGAAUUUAGGGGACACUCUUAGAAUAGGGAGAAUAGGGUUUAUCUUGUGUAACUGGACCUUUACUGCUCUUGAAAUCCCGAUCAGGACCUGGUCGAAAGUAUGGCCGCGGCUGAUGCGUGGUUAUAAGAUAUUACUGUUACCCCCAUGUGUACUGUAGCUUCCCAUGCAGGUGAUACAAAGACUCAAGUUUACUUGUAUUUCACCUCUGUAAUAUGUGAAAAUAAUUGAAAAUUUCAUCAUAAUCAAAAUUAGUUGGAAUUACAACAGGGUUUCUGAUUUGGCUGAUUCAGUCAGUUUGGUUACUGAAUAUAUACAUCUUUUUUAUAAAUUAAUGUGAAUAAUAAUGUCAUUUUACACAAAAUUGUAUGAAACGUGAGAGAAAAGUAAUGCAAAAUGUAAGCUACAUAACCUGUGUUCCAUUAGCAGUGUGUGAUAUGAGUUUUGAUUUUCCAGCAGUCACAACGGUAUGCCUUUUUUUUUAUGUAUACCUUUCUUUUGAGUUGCACAGCUUCUAUCAUUUGGCAGAAAACCUCUCAAACAAUACGAUAAAUAUGUUGGUGCCAACCAGGGUUUUCUUUGUGGACAUGCAGAAUUUCUAUGAAUAUAGUUUUUGUAAGGUUUUGUAAAAAAAAAAGGAAAAAAAAAACGAUUUUGUUUUCCUAGUAACUGUAUGUGUUAAGAGAACAUUAGAAUAACCGACAUCCGAGUAAAACAUGGGGAACUUCAACAAAAUAUUAUAGAAAAAGCUAUUGAAUUAUUUUCUUUUUAACACAUUGUGAAUAAUUCAAUUGUACAGUUUGCUGUAUGGGUUAUAUGAAGUUUUAAAUAAAAAAUAUAAACUAUA